AUGAAAAAGGAUUUAACGAUCAUGAUUGGACAGGUGCCAGUAGCUAUUGAGAUAGAGCAGAAUCAACAAGAAAUUGCUUCCGAGGAAUCGAUUGGACAGGCAAGCAACUCCAAUGAAGCUGAAACUGAGCACUCGAAUACAUCCAAAGCAGUUGAAACAGAUGAUGACAUUGAACCGAAAUCUAGUUCCAAGAAGCAAGGUAACGUGAACCGUGACAUCGGAGAAACAAGCAAAGCCGGCGGCGGUAGGCGAAAGCGCAAUCAUCGCCACAGUGAUCAUCAAAUUAGGGAAUUGGAAGCGUUUUUCAAAGAAUGCCCUCACCCAGACGAUAGGCAGCGUAAGGGGCUCAGCAACGCACUUGGAUUGGAACCAUUACAAGUCAAAUUUUGGUUUCAGAACAAACGGACCCAACUCAAGGCACAAUCUGAGCGCAUGUCAAAUUUCCAACUGAAAGCUCGUAACGAGAGGCUUCGUGCCGAGAACAUGAGUUUCCGGCAUACCCUUGCUACCGGACGUUGCCCUAUUUGUGGUGAACAACAGGUUGUGCCACAUUCCCCUCUUGAAGCAAAUAAUCUAAGGCUCGAAAAUGAAAGACUAAGAGCCGAGAUUGCAAGGGCCUCGGCUUAUCUAGCACAGUUUGGGGACAAUGAAUUUGCGAAUCAGAACAACGUUUUUCCUAAUCCUCCACCACCGGCCAUUAAUGUUGGUGGGGCUGCUGCCAGAGAAGAUGUUAAUUUCGGUGCAUUUGGUGGAUUAGGGCAACCAGAAGCGGAAGGAGUUCUUCUUUCCGAGCAACAACCUAGUCCUAUGCUUUUUAGUGUACCUGCAGCAGUACCUCCUGCAAAUGACAGGAGAAGGAUCAUUGAACUCGCGAGUUUCGGGUUGAGUGAACUAAACCAGAUGUGGUUAGCUGAAUAUCCUUUGUGGGUUCGGAGCAAUGAAAAAAGGCAACUUAUGCUCAACGAAGAGAUUUAUUGCGAAAUGUUCCAAAAAGUAGCAUAUGCGAUGAGACCUCCUUCUUCUUUUAAGCUAGAAGGAACCAAACACACUGAGAUUGUCAUGAUGGAUUCUUUGCAUCUCAUCGACGUCUUGAUGGACAUGGAGAAGUUUUUGGCAAUUUUUAGCAGCAUUAUUUCAAAGGUUGAAAUCCUGGACAUCAUCACUGCUGGGCAAUCAAGAAACUAUGAUCAUUCCUUGCUUGUGAUGUCUGCCGAAUAUCAUGUCCUGACCCCUCUUGUCCCGACAAGGAAUACCAUAUUUGCGAGACAUUGUAGAAAACUUGAUGAUAUAUGGGUUGUGGUAGAUGUCUCUUUGGAUAACAACUACGGCACAAGUUCAUUAAUCCCUAACUGCCAUCGGAUGCCAUCAGGAUGUAUCAUCCAAGCCAUUCGGAGUGGUGGCUCCAGAGUAACAUGGAUAGAGCAUGUGGAGGUGGAAGAUGGAGGAGUUCAUCCAUUGGGGAAGCCUUUUGUUGAUUCCCUUCUUGCUUUCGGGGCUGAGAGAUGGGUUUCGGUUCUGGGUAGACAAUGUGAACGGCUUGCCGCUGUGUCAGUUCUUAAUUUUCCUCCUCAUGAUAUCAACAAUGUUUUUGUAUCUGAUCCAAAGAUUAGAAAAGAUAUAUUGAAGCUGUCGGAAAGCAUGGUGUUAAGUCUCUGUAAGGGACUAACAUCCUCAACUCCAUAUUCAUGGGUGAAUCAAUCAGCGGGAAAUGGAAAUGAUGAAAUCAGAUUCACCGCAAAAACCACCCAGAACAGUGAUCCAGGGAAGCCUUCUUCAACUAUCUUAAGUGCCACAACCUUCUUCUGGCUUCCGCUCCACCAUAAAUUGGUGUUCGAGUUCCUCUCCGAUCAAAAUACUCGAAAACAGUGGGACGUCUUGGCAAGCACAGGAGAAAUUCAGGAAUUUGUUCACAUUACUAGUGGCCAUGAAGUUGGCAACUUUGUAUCCAUGUUUCGAAUCCUUAAUGGUGAAAACACUGGACCUGAAGUAUUGGUUCUCCAAGAAUGUAGCACGGAUCCAACAUCUUCUUGCAUUUUUUAUGCACCAAUCGAAUCUCAAGUUGCAAGAAAGUUAUUGGUUGGCGAAAUGGCGGAAAAAGUGGAACUCCUUCCUUCCGGAUUCACAAUUUAUCCCAGUGAAAAGCCAUCAUCACUUGCAACAAUAAUGAACCCUCCAGGGAAUAGCGCCAGAGCAGCCGGAUCUUUAGUAACAAUGGCAUUCCAAGUUCUAGUCGAUCCUUCAAAUGAAACAUCCUGGUUUACCAUUAAUGGACCUGUUGCCAUUCUAACCGAUCUCAUUGAGUCAACCAUGAAGAGGAUCAAGACUGCUUUACUCCCCAAUUUUCUCUAG